AUGAAGGCCCACGGACACAAGGUCGUGUUUCUUCAUGCUUCCCAUCGUCACAUUCUCCUUCCAUCCACGUUCAAACUGUUGCACGUUGCGUCACGCUACGAUGUCGUACUCAAAGCAUUCAUCGACACAGCUUAUCGUGCGUUGCGAACAGAGGCAGACGUAGCUUCGCAUACGAUCUCGGACGGUCACUUCAGGCGCUUUGCCCUCCCUGACACAUUCGAGCGGCUUGCAGAAGAAGCAUCUGUCCAAGAUCUGCGGUCACUUCCGCUCACGUUGACCACCUUGGCGCAAGUCGCAGUGGUGCUUGCAUCGAAACUUGAAUUCAGAGAGGCUUUGCAAGGCGAUAUUGCUGCAAUGUGGGAUCCUGAGUCACACUUGUCCAUCGCUGUCCUUCGGUCGGUCGACGUCUCUUGCCGCCUGGAGUUGAUGGCCACGGCCAUCGGCGCAAUCAAGCUUGCUUACUGGCUCGACCUCUACAUACAGAAAUCUCAAUUGACAGGCAAUCGUGAUGCCCGGAAGAGGGUCAGCAUCCACGCCAGCCAAGAGCACAUUACUGCUAUCACAGCGAAGUGCUCUGCGAACGGCAUACAAGUCGAGGAGACUGUCAGCGGAAUAGUGAUCGCGAUUGAUAAAAUCACACAUCUGGAGACUGUGCUCUACGACGACGACGACGACGACGCACAGCGACAUCGAAACAACAUCGCGACUGAAAUGUCUUUGAUUCCCGCAUUGACAUCGGGCGACUGUUUACUGCUUUGGAAAAAUCUGCAGUCAAGUUUGCUCGAACGAAACAUCAAAGUGUCGCUGAAGUACGAUCAAGGUCCUUCCCAGCAGCCAGGUGCCAGAGAUGAGCUAGUUGUUGAUAUCGCACAGCUCUUCUCGACCUUGGAUUUCGGACGGUCACAACAGCAAUUAAAGAACGCAUCGGAUCUGGCUCAAGAGCAACUCGCCGCAUCGCGUGUACACACACCUCGAAUCGAGCUCGCGCUCUUGGGUGGAACGAUGAGGGACGAACACGCCCGUUCUGCAGCAGAAAAGUUUUCAUCGCACAUGAUCGCGUACGUUCCCCUCAAGCUACUCGAUCGCCUGUACCCAAAAGACUCUCAUCGCUAUGGAGACGAACCGGUGCCCUCUUCAAAGGUUCGAGGUACUCCUUGUCAACAAAUCGCCAUCAUCGGAUUGUCGUGCAAAGUACCAGGUGCGAACGACGCUGAUGAGCUCUGGCAAUUGCUCAAAGAGGGCAAGAGCAUGUGCGAAGAGAUCCCUGAAAAUCUGUAUCGCUACCAAGAUUAUCAUUCCGCGUCGUAUAGGGAGCGCAAUGUGAUGCGAGUCAAGACGGGCAAUUUUAUGGCCAGCCCAGGCUCGGUUGACAAGAGCAUCUUGGAGGAAAUUGCGAACAGCGGCGACUGCGCAAAGAUCGACCCUCAGCAGAGGGUGGCCAUCCUCACCGCUUACGAGGCUCUGCAGAAGGCAGGAUACGGCUUCUCACCCUAUCGACGUCCCGAUAAACCCGAGCAGUGGAGCACGCAUCUCGCCUACUGCAGCGACGACUAUCGCGAGCACCUCAGUCAGAACAUCGAGGGUGACUUUGUUGCUAACACUCAUCGUGCGCAUCUUGUCGCCAGGCUCAACGAAACGUUUGGCUUCCGCGGUGAGGCCUGCACAUACGACACUGCGUGCAGCUCGGCUCUGGUCGCGGUCGAGGCCGCUUGUAACAGCUUGCUGUCCGGAGAAACGUCCGCCGCGCUCACAGGAGGCGUUAACAUCCUGACGCAGCCGCAGAUCACCAUCGGACUGGACAGAGGUUUCUUCCUCUCGCCGUCGUCCCAGUGCAUGACGCUGGACGACGCAGGUGCCGGCUACUCACGCGCCGACGCAGUGUCCAUCAUGCUGCUAAAACGACUUCCGGACGCGGUACGCGACGGCGAUCCGAUCUUGGCCCUGAUCUCAUCGGCUGCAACCAAUCAUUCUGGCGAAUCUUUCUCCAUCACACAUCCCCAUGGCCCGACGCAGAAGAGGCUCUACCAAGCAGGUAUGAUAGCCAGCAAGACGUUGCCCCACGACUACAGCUACAUCGAAAUGCACGGCACCGGUACGCAAAGCGGCGACUUCGAGGAGGUCUCUGGCAUCGUCCAGACCUUCGGCCAGGGCAAGAGGGGUGAAGCAACGCCGCUCGUACUUGGCUCGGUCAAAGCUAACAUUGGGCAUUCGGAAGCAGCUUCAGGCGCCAGCAGCAUGAUCAAGACUGUCAAAAUCUACGAGCAUGGUGAAGUUCCCCGGCAUAUCGGUAUCCGCACCAAACUCAACACGAAGCUUCCACCCCUUGACGGUCUGCAUGUCCCUUUGCAAGAGACAAAGCUGGACAGGGCCGAUACGGCAUUCACGCUCGUCGACAACUUUUCGGCAGCUGGCGGCAACUCGUCCAUCGUCAUGGAUCGAGGCACCGCGUAUCGGGACAGGCUGCUGAAGAUGAGUGAAGAUGCUCUCGACGUGGCUGCCCAUUCUGCACAUGGGUCCGACGACAGACACCAUCUGCUUUUCGUCACGGCCGCCACUUCGUUCUCUUUGGACGCAAAACGGCGCAGGUUAAUGGCGUUCCUGGACUCAAACAAGGACAUGAGCUUGACAGAGUUCUGCAGCACAGUUUCGCUGGGCGAUCCCAUGCUUCCCCACCGCCUCAUUGCCACGCCUGCCAGCAUAGCUGAGGCGAAGACGUGUCUCUGCAGCCAAGAAUCCGUUUUGAUCAACACCGGCCCCUUAGAUCGCACAAGACAAAGCAUCGGCAUCGUAUUCAGUGGUCAAGGGGCCCAAUACCUCGAUAUGGCAAGGGAACUCUACGGACAAAGUCCUGCCUUCCGCCGACACGUUGACAACUGCAACACCAUUGCUCUGAGUCUGCAGCUUCCCAGCCUGGUCGAAGUCAUCCACCCGCUUCGCGCCACUCUCGACGCCUCGCAGACUGAUUCGAGAUCCGAGCGCAAGGCUGAUACCUUCAACGCGGUGCAGUAUCAGCUCGCGCUGAUCGCUGUUGAAGUCGGCUUGGCAUCGAUGCUGCUGGACUGGGGCUUGACGCCUUCCUGCGCUGCCGGUCAUUCCCUCGGAGAGUAUGCAGCGCUCUGGCUUGCUGGUGUCCUAUCUUUGCGAAGCCUCGUCGAGCUCGUUGGCCAUCGUGCUAUGCUCAUGAUUGAGCUGUGUGCGCCGAACGCCUCGACGAUGCUCGCUAUUCGUGAGGGUGACGGAAAAGUUGAGCAGCUGCUGGAAGCAUGUGGUAACGAACAGCUCGAGAUCGCCUGCCUCAACAGUCCCAACGACACUGUGGUCGCCGGACCGAACGAAGAGAUCGAAAAGCUGCGUAAUUUCUGCGAGCAAAGCGAUCCCAAGAUCAAGGCGAUGGCCAUUCCGGUGCCGUAUGCAUUUCACUCGAAGGCUGUAGAGCCUCUCAUGGAUGAGUAUCGCAAGGUGGUCGCAAAACACCCUUUUUCCAAGCCGAUGAUCCCAUUGGCCUCUAACCUCUUCGGCAAAGUGAUGACACCCGACGGCAACCAAAUCGACGGAUCGUACCUCGUCUCACACCUUCGCAGACAGGUACUGUUCUCAGAUUCGAUCAGCGACACGCAGAAGCAGCUCGUCGUAGACGUCUGGGUAGAGAUCGGACCUCAUCCGACUUGCACACCGAUGUUGAAAGGCUGCUACGCCGGUUCCACGCCCAUGCCAGAAUUUCUGUCUUCUUUCCGAAAGGGCAGCUCCUCUUGGACUGCGACGCUGAGCCUGGCCAAGGAGCUCGCGUCCCGUGGCAUUGAUUUGCGCUGGGACAACGUCUUUGCCGAUCUUGGUCUCCGAACCCGCCACCAUGGGCUGGCAGAAGAGCUACCGCUGUAUCCCUUCGAUCUGGACGAAUGUUGGGUGCCGUUCAAAGAUCGCGGCCUUCGAGAUCAUCUCGUUGCAGCAUCCCGCCAAUCUGAUCCUUGGGAAGGUGGGCGAAACUCGAGCGAAGCUACUCACGUCGCAUCAAUGAGACGACCGAAGCCACUUCACUCUUUAAUUUGGCAAAGUGUCAAGCUCGAAGGCACGCCACCUUCAGCGAUGUUCUUAGCACGCGUCAGUCAGCGAUCGUUCCGCGACUUUAUUCGUGGUCAUGUCAUCCUCGGCGUUCCCCUGGCGCCGGCUACGGUCUUUGUUGAGCUUGCGCAAGAAGCUGGAAUGUAUUGGUGGCAGAUGGACCCUUGCAAGCAGAGACCGUCCUCACAAUCAUCGGAGGAUGUGGUCAUUGAGGUGCUGGGACUUUCAAUGGUGGCUUCGCUUUACCUGAACGAGAAUGACUCCAGGCAAAGCAUCGAGAUCACAAUGCAGGGCAAUCCGACGUCAAACGAUGGCUCGAUCGUGCAAUUCUUUUCUCACAGUGAGCACCAGCUUCAACAGCACCAAUACGGUUCCUGCCGCAUUCGGAUCAUCUCAAAGGAGCAGGUUGCUCGCGAGUGGGCCAGACUUCGACACCUCAUCCUCCGAACGGUGUCGACGAUCAAGUCGCAGCCUGCCUGCAUGAUCAAGACCGAGACAAUCUACAAAAGCUUCGAGGCCAUCGUGCUUUACCUGGGCGGCUUCCGCGGCAUGAACACCAUCUGGAUGACUGAGCAUGGCGACGAAGCUGUGUCCGAGGUCAGUCAUCAUGCCGAUGCCGUCGACGGCCGCUUCCUAUGCAGUCCGAUGCUGCUGGACAGUCUCGGAGGUCUCACUGGCUUCAUCAGCAACGUCAGCUUUGCUGAAGGCCCCUUUGUCUACAUGGCUGAAGCUAUUGGCAGGAUCGUGAUCAUGCCUGCUGUCGGCAAAAUCGAGCCAGGAAGCAGAACAAAAUUGCAGGUAUACGCAAGGAUGGAGCAAGACAAAGAGCUGUCGAAGGGGUCCGCCUACUUUUUCUUGCCAGACGGAGAGCUGAUGGGGUCCAUGGAGAACAUCGCCUUCAAACGGAUCCGCAGGGACAUGCUGAGCAGGCUGGUGCAGCUUUCCUCAAGAAGCUUUGCCGGCGAGGCGGCUAAGGCCGCAGAAAGCAGCGCCCGUCAUGAGACGCUCAACGUCUCUCAUACUGCUGUCAGGCCGCAAGACAGCUGUGGCACAGCGUCGAAGACGACAACUGAGAUUCCUCCUAGAACGAUCCCGACAACGUUCCUACCAGCUCCUGGCGACCAGAAAGCCAAGUCGCCGAUGGACGAGCUCACGAAUCCGGACAGGCGCUACACAUUGUCCGCCCCGGUCCACAUCGGUGGACCAAGAUCCAAGCGCUUCGACGGACAGAACAUCCUCUUCGUCUUUCCGGACGGUAGCGGCACGGCUCAGUCGCUGCCCAAGCUCGAGUCCGUCGACUCGCUUUCGAUUUACGGCUUUGACUCACCCUACCUGGGCCACACUGAAGCAUGGAGUCGCGGCAUAGCGGAGCUGAUCGAUCGUUUCGUCGAGCUGCUUCGCAGUGUCCAGCCGCAAGGACCGUACAAGCUCGCCGGAUGGAGCAUCGGCGGCAUCUUCGCGCUUGAGGUGGCCCGACGGCUCCUCUCGGCUGGUCAGGAAAUCGCAUUCGUGGGGUUCAUCGACACGCCGAGUCCAAAGCAAAUUCAGCCGCUGCCUGCCGACACGCUUGACGAGAUGCUCAAACCGAUCACGUCCAACACAGUUCGGGAGCACUUUAGGUCGUGCGCCCUGAGCCUGCCGGAUUACCGCUGCCUGGGCUUGCAGCCGUCGGAACGGCUGCCCGGAAAGGUCGUGAUCGUCAACGCCAGGGCAGAGUCCAGGUUGAAAGGCGUCAUUGCUACCGAGGGCGACUGGAGAGCAUUCUGGUUGAGAUCCAACAACGUCUCUUUCCACGAAGUCGAUGGCGACCACUGGAGUUGCCUGAGACCUGCUCUCGAACUCAUCGUACGCAGCGCCCAGGAGCAAAAGAGUUGA